ACUGGCCCUCUAGACAACCCAGCAUCCGCAGACCAAUCAGCUGCAUGGAGACGGCUGCACGCGAUCUGCCCUGCGGUUACAGAGAGCUGACGGUGGACAAGCGCAGAACUUUGCCGUCACGCAGUCUAUACUAGAGGUGUUUGCAUAAAUCCAAAGCAAGUGUUAAAUCAUUGCUUUAGGCACUGGUUACACGUACUUACUCGCGCACCCGAUCUACCCUGCAGUUACAGAUCUGACGGCACAGAGAGCUUUUGUGCUUUUUGCAUAAAUGUACAGUUAUACAAUAACAGAGACUGAAACCUGAGACGGAAUCAGACACCGCCUCGCACGCGAGCGCUGGCACACAAGGGUUAUAAGAGCAGCUCAUUCGAAAGCCAAAGACUUUUCUUCAUUCAUCCUGGUGCAGAUUGCAUGCGACGAGAAAUGGCACAGAAGACGGCACUGAUUGUUUAUGCCCACCAGAGUCCCGCCUCAUUCAACGCUGCUGCACGGGAUGUCGCCGUUGAGGCUUUGACAAAGCAAGGCUAUAAAGUCCUAGUGUCGGAUCUCUAUGCUAUGAACUUCAAAGCCUCAGCUACUGCAGAUGAUAUUAAGGGUGAUCUGAAGAACCCUGAGCACUUUGUGUACAAUGAUGAGAUGAUGACUGCAUGGCAGGACGGGCGAUUAAGUGAUGACAUUGCAGAAGAACAGCACAAGGUGGAGCAGGCGGAGCUGAUUAUCUUUCAGUUCCCUCUCUACUGGUUUAGUAUACCUGCCAUCAUGAAGGGCUGGGUAGACCGAGUCUUAAUUCAAGGAUUCGCCUUCACCAUGCAGAAGAUGUAUGAUAAUGGCGUUUUUAAGGAUAAGAAGGCCAUGCUUUCAUUCACCACCGGUGGAACAGAGUCCAUGUAUCAGGCCGAUGGCGUCCAUGGUGAUAUCAAUGUUCUCCUUUGGCCUUUACAGAAUGGAUUUCUACGUUUCUGCGGGUUUCAGGUCCUCGCCCCUCAGAUCUUCUGGUGUCCGGUACACGCACCACCAGUUGCGAGGAAUGCAAUGUUAGAUUCAUGGCGGGAAAGGCUGCGUGGUGUGUUCGCCGAAAAGCCUCUGUCCUUUGCUCCGACCGAAUACUUCGACAUGAGCUUCCAAGGAGGAUUCCGUCUUCGGCCGGAGGUGAAAGAGAAGUGUGCUUCUCUCACUCAUGGCAUCACCACUGCACAUCAUUUAGGCAAACCACUGCCUCCAGACAACCAGACCAAAGCUAAAGAAAGCUGAAGGAUCCAGCAAAACAAAGCUAGUUACUGACACGUCUCAUUCAAAUAAUCGUUAAUCAGAAUGAGGGAGUGAAAUGUACUUGAGAUUCGUCUAAUUAUAAUAUCAGCCUGUCAUUUAUGCCUUAUAUAACUAACAUUACCAGCAACUGUGACUAUCGAAACAAUAAAAAUUAUUUUACUGAUAUCUCUUGGUAAAAUCUUGGUGUCUUAAUGAAGAAAUAAAUAUAGAUCUUUUAAUUAUACUUUUUUUUUUUUUUUUUUUCAAUAUAAUAUUGUAAUUCUUAUUAGAAAGUAGUUAUUAAAAUCUGGGCAUUUUAAUGAGUUGACAUCCAUUGUGUUAUGAUAUACUAAUGUUAUUUUACUCAUGCUUAUAAGCUGCAUUUUCAGAUUUUGGUUACAAAUACAAAAAAUAAAUAACUGUAUCUGAAUAAAUAUCUGAAACUAC